CUAUGUGUUGUUAUUGUUUUAUUUUGUUGAUUUUGCCAAAAGAUUUAGUUUUUUGAAACGAAAAAAAAGUAAUAAUAAAUUUAAAAAAUCUUUAUAAAAUUAACAUAUUUCAAAAUGGACAUUGAAAAAUAUACUUUACAGUCCAUAAGACAAGAGUUAAUAGAUAAUAAUCUACAGGCUAAAGCCAUAAUACAAGAUAUAGUAUCUUAUCGUGGCUCUAUACAUGAAUUGGAGGCAUUAAACGAAGCGGGUAGAGCUAAACUGGCAGCUUUAAGGAAAAAUAUUGAUCGUUUAAAUGAUUGGGCUAGAGAUACCGGUGACCCGGCCCUAUCGAAAGAGGUUGAUACACAAAGGGAACAAUUUUCGAAAGUAUUACAAGCUUUUCGUAAGGCUAAUGUAGCCACUAUGCUGGAAAUAGAGAAAGCUAAUCGUGAAGAAUUAAUGGCCAUUACCGGAGAAACCGAUUUAAGGCAAAGACACAAUGCCACAGAUGGCAGUGGGGCAAGAAGUGGUGGUGGCACGGCUACACGUCAUAAUCGCGGCAGUCUGGUGUCACAGGAAAAUAACGUUACUGAAAAAAUGUUGGCCAUUUCGCGACACCUCUCCGAGACCACACAAAAAAGUGCCAUCACUUUAGAAACGCUCGUGGCUUCUUCACAAAAUGUAGAAGCCACUCGUGAUGAACUACAGAAUACAGCCGGAACAAUUUCACAAUCUGGAAAAUUACUUAAAAAAUAUGGACGACGUGAGUGCACCGAUAAAAUGUUAUUAUUCUUUGCAUUUGCUUUCUUUUUGGCCUGUGUCUUUUAUAUUGUACAAAAGCGACUGUUCUAGACUGAGUGUUAAUACGUUCACUAACAAUAGGUUGGAUAUGGCUUAAAUUUUAUUAAAACAAGAAGAUGAAGAGGAACGUUUAUUAUUAUUUUCUUAGAAGGCUGGCCUCUCAGGGUUUCUUUUCCUCGCUCUUAGCGGAAAUGUUACCUUUAUUUCCAGAUGU